GCGGGCUAGGGCUUCUUAAUUCUUCUUUUUUUUUGUUUCUUUUUCUUUGUGAUCAAGAGCUCGGCCAGGUUUUGGUUCAGUCGAUCCCAACUGCGCGCGUUGAUCCAUCAAUUCAAUGGCAUUGGUGGCAGUGGGGGAUCAACAAGAGUACUUCUUUGACGUGGGUUUCAAGUUUAAGCCGACCGACGUUGAAAUCCUCGAUCACUACGUCCGGAGGAGGUUCUCAGGAUCCCCCGAACCAAACUUCUUGAUAAAGAGCGAAGAAGUCUACGCGUACAAGCCGUGGAAACCUUCGGAAGCUCCAUCAGUUUCCGUUCAGCAGGAGAUGUAUUUCUUUACUUUGAGACGCCCCGCGAGCAAGAAGAGGGUCAGCCGUCGGGUCGACGAAGGAGGUAAAUGGGACUGCAAAGUCGCAGAGAAGGCCAUCUACAAACAAGAGGUGAGGGACGGGAAGAAGGUGAAUGUUUUGGUUGGGUACAGGAAUCAGCUGAGUUUCAGGGACGCCGAAAAACGAAAGAUGCACGAUCAAUGGAUUAUGCACGAGUACCGCGUUGAUGAAUCGGUGUUGGGGUUUCGGAGUGAGAUUCAGGAUAAGCUGGUGUUCUGUAAGAUCUACAAGAAGAAAGAGUACAUAGGGGAGGGAGAGGGAGGCGAGGAGGAGGAGGAAAGAUGCGCGAAGAGACAAAGGGUGUGCCCCGAAAACUAUGAAUCUACCGCAAACGGCAUCCCGCCUCCUGCAGCUGAAACUCCAUCGUCGUCAACGGGAGGGGCCCAUAGUGAGACUUCAUCGUCAUCAUCACCGAUACCACUUGCUGCUGUUGACUACGGUGCUUCAUAUUCGAACUACUUGAUUGAUGAUCAUCUCCAAUGCCCCGAAUUUGACCCCGUGAUAUCUCUGGACGACUUUGAACUUUCCGCAGCUGCCCUUGCACUACCUGCCGCUGAAACUUCGCCAUCGGCAUGCAUAGUUUCGCCAAUAUCUCGGUUGAUGGAUGGGACCCAUGAUGAACACGAGUUUGCUUCUGCUUCCGUUGCUGCUAAUGUCAAAAAUGAACCAGAUGCAGAUCAAACUUCUACAGCGUCACUAGAAGUUGUUCUUGCUUCUGCUGCAGAAGAUGAUGAUGAUGCUUUUUAUGCAAAGUUAUCAGAGGAAUUUAACGUUGCUCAUCCUGAAAUUGCAAAUCUAGCGGAAGAUUAUCCUGCGGAUGUCAUUACACUCUACCCUGACGCCAGAGACUUUGUUCCGAUUGAGUACUUUGACGACUACUUCACUGCAAAUGAAGAUCGUCAUUUGGAUCAGACUUUUCUUUUUCAGUCUUCUAUAUAUUGAAAUUAUGUGUUUAUUAGUUGUACUUAAGACUAGAUCUGUCGAUCUUUUGUUUUAUGCUAAUAGUUAA